UCACCAGUCAACCAAACCUUUCCUUCCCCCUCCUUGGACAAUUCCCCACCUCUCCGCCAUGCCUGCCAACGGAACUGCUCGUCCUGCUCUCAUUCCCGGUCAUUUUCUUUUUACUUCUGAAUCGGUCGGUGAAGGGCACCCAGACAAGAUCUGUGAUCAAGUCUCCGACGCAAUCCUUGAUGCUUGCCUCGAGCAAGACCCUUGGUCAAAGGUCGCUUGCGAGACGGCGUCCAAGACUGGCAUGAUCAUGGUCUUUGGUGAGAUCAGCACCAAGGCUCAGAUCGACUACCAGAACGUCAUCCGCAACACCAUCAAAAAGAUCGGUUACGACGACUCAUCAAAAGGUUUUGAUUACAAGACGUGCAACAUCUUGGUUGCGAUUGAACAGCAGUCUCCUGACAUUGCUCAGGGCCUUGAUCACGGCGCUCUUGAAGAGCACGGCGCUGGUGACCAGGGUAUCAUGUUUGGCUAUGCUACGGACGAGACUGAGGAAUACAUGCCCUUGACGAUCACAUUGGCCCACAAGCUAAACGCUGCGCUGGCUGCCGCUCGACGCUCUGGUCUUCUUCCUUGGUUGCGCCCUGACUCCAAGACACAAGUCACUGUGGAAUAUAAGAGCGACAAUGGGGCCAUGAUUCCUCUUCGCGUCGACACUAUUGUUAUCUCAACGCAACACGCUGAGGAAAUCUCGACAGAGGACCUCCGCAGAGAGAUCACUGAAAAGGUCGUUAAACAGGUCAUCCCGCCUUCACUGCUAGACGACAGAACCAUCUAUCACAUUCAACCUUCUGGUCGUUUCGUCAUUGGUGGUCCCCAAGGUGAUGCUGGUCUAACUGGACGCAAGAUCAUCGUCGAUACCUACGGUGGUUGGGGCGCCCACGGCGGAGGAGCCUUCUCCGGCAAGGAUUGGUCCAAGGUCGACCGCUCUGCUGCUUACACUGCUCGUUGGAUCGCCAAGUCUCUCGUUGCUGCUGGCCUUGCUCGCCGCGCUCUGGUGCAACUGUCCUAUGCCAUUGGUGUUUCGGAGCCACUGUCAAUUUUUGUUGAUACCUACGGAACUAGCAAGAAGUCAAAUGAAGAACUCGUCGAGAUUAUUCGCCAGAACUGGGACCUUCGUCCUGGAGUCAUGGUACGCGAACUGGAGUUGCAACAGCCAAAAUACCUCCAAACGGCAUCUUAUGGUCACUUUGGCAAUCCCCAAUACACCUGGGAGAAGCCGAAGAAGCUUGUGUUCUAAGAUGUGUUCAUCAUACGCUCCUUGUGCAUUGUAAUUAUUGACUUACAUUGGAAGUUCAUCCUUCCUCUAUCUAUCGACGCAACAGCAUACCUGUAGAACAGUCGCUAUUUCAACCAUAGAGGCGCGCAGUUCGCCUGCAUUAUGACAUAACUAGUACCCGGGCUCCGUGGCUCAUUACUUCCUCUAACGACACGUACAGAUCCAUAUCCUUUGUGUAGUACUAAAGAAUACGACCGCGUUCAACCGCGUAUUUCUUCAUUUU